GAAGCUGCUGCUGGGCGGACGCGCGGGCCGGGGCCGCCAUGGUGAAGAUCAGCUUCCAGCCCGCCGUGGCCGGCGCCAAGGCCGACAAGGCUUCGGCCACGGCCUCUGCCGCAGCGCCUGCCCCGGCCGCCGCUGAAAUCCUGCUCACGCCGGCCAGGGAGGAGCGGCCCCCUGCCCAGCGCACCCGGAGGAGCUCAGUGGGUGGCGUGUGCUACCUGUCCGUGGGUGUGGUCGUGCUGCUGCUGAGCCUGGCCUUCGCCUCCGUCUACAUCUACAGAUACUUCUUCCUUGCUCAGCUGGCCCGGGACAACUUCUUCCACUGUGGCGUGCUGUAUGAGGACUCGCUGUCAUCCCAGCUGCGCACCCGGCUGGAGCUGGAAGAGGACGUGAAAAUCUACCUCGAGGAGAACUAUGAACGCAUCAACGUUCCUGUGCCCCAGUUUGGCGGCGGUGACCCUGCAGACAUCAUCCACGACUUCCAGCGGGGUCUCACCGCCUAUCACGACAUCUCACUGGACAAGUGCUACGUCAUCGAACUCAACACUACCAUUGUGCUGCCCCCUCGCAACUUUUGGGAGCUCCUCAUGAACGUGAAGAGAGGGGCCUACCUUCCACAGACCUACAUCAUCCAGGAGGAGAUGGUGGUGAGCGAGCCUGUCAGUGACAAGGAGGCCCUGGGUGCCUUCAUCUACCACCUGUGUGACGGGAAGGACACCUACCGGCUGCGGCGCCGGACGGCUCACAGGCGCAUCAACAAGCGAGGGGCCGAGAACUGCAACGCCAUCCGCCACUUUGAGAACACCUUCGUAGUGGAGACAGUCAUCUGCAGGGCCGCGUGAGGCCGGCCCCCC